AUGUCCGUCUCUUUAGUACGAGGUCUCUCGACCCCUUUUCAAAAGGCAGGCCGACUUACAGUGUCACCCACUCUCUUGAGAGUCAUCUCUCGGCCUCUCGAUAGAAGCAUCAGGGGUUUUGGCACAUUCAAGGCACCUCCAGUCCGCAACGAGCCCAAUGGCUCAGUCGAGCGUCAAAAGCUCCAAGAUGCGAUUUCCCGGCUGAAGAGCAGCCUUCCCAUUCGAGUCCCCUCCUUGGCACCUGAAAUCACAAAUGCAAAGUCCGUGUUGGCCAAACAAUACCUGCCCAGCGAUCACUCUGUCGCCUUGGCCGAACAUGCCCAGACAACCCCCGAGCAGGUAUCCAUGGCCAUUGAUAGGGCACUAGAAGCCAAGCCCGCGUGGGAAAACACGUCUUUCAAGGACAGAGCUGCAGUGUUUCUCCGAGCGGCGGAGCUUAUCGCGGGAAAGUACCGAUACGACAUCAUGGCUGCGACGAUGCUCGGGCAAGGGAAGAAUAUUUGGCAGGCGGAGAUUGACUCAGCGGCUGAGAGCUGCGACUUUUUACGUUUCAAUGUUCAUUAUGCAGCUCAGCUGUAUAACCAGCAGAACACACUGACUGACGCUGGAAUCAUGAACCGAACAGAAUACCGGCCGCUAGAGGGCUUCGUCUACGCCAUCAGCCCCUUCAACUUCACCGCCAUCGGCGCCAACCUGACCGUCGCCCCCGCCAUCAUGGGCAACGUCGUCCUCUGGAAGCCCUCCGACUACGCCCUCUACUCGAGCUACCUCCUCCAAAAGAUCUUUGAAGAGGCCGGCCUGUCCGCCAACGUGAUCCAGUUCCUCCCCGGCGAGCCCGAGGCAAUCACUUCGGCCGUCCUCGGCCACCCCCAAUUCGCAGCGCUCCAUUUCACCGGAUCCACGGACGUCUUCCGUCAGCUGUACGGCAAGAUCGGGGACGGCGUCGCCUCGGGCAGGUAUGAGAGCUACCCGCGCUUGAUCUGUGAGACGGGCGGCAAGAACUUCCACCUGGUGCACGGCAGCGCCGAUGUUCGGAAUGCCGUGGUGAAUACUGUCCGGGACGCCUUUGAGUAUCAGGGGCAAAAGUGCUCUGCGACGUCGCGUCUCUAUGAUAUGCUCCUGCGGGAAACGAAGGGCCUCAAGGUUGGCUCCCCUGAGCAAGUCGACAACUUCAUCGGACCCGUCAUCCACGAGCGUUCGUGGACAAAACUCCGAGACGUAAUCGAAGAGGCCAAAAAGGACACUACGAUCGAGCUGCUAGCCGGUGGUCACACGGACAACAACCAGGGCUGGUUCGUCUCACCGACCAUCUUCCAGACCAACGACCCCCAGCACAAACUCAUGAAGAAUGAACUCUUUGGCCCGAUCCUCACCGUCCACGUCUACCCCGACGCAAAGUACGCGGAAAUUCUCCCCGUCAUCGACUCCACGACGCAGUACGGAUUGACGGGCGCCGUCUUCGCCCGCGAUCAAAGCGCGAUCGAGGCGGCGGAGAAGGGGUUGCGCCAUGCGGCUGGAAACUUUUACGUCAACAGCAAGAGCAGCGGCGCUGUUGUCGGGCACCAGCCGUUUGGAGGCGGUCGUGCGAGCGGGACCAAUGACAAGGCUACCAGCAUCAAUCUUUUGACGCGCUUUACCAGCAUGAGGAGUAUGAAAGAGGACUUUGUUGGCGCAGAUACUGUCUUAUGUUUUUUCCCGGCUGCUGGUGUGGCUGUCGUUGUACACCUUACUUAA